GCGUAACGUUGCGGAGGCGAGAGAUUAUGUUAAUAACUAUUGUCCACUUGUUGAGCCGAUGCGUCUUGUUUUUCUUCUCACCACGAGUUGAUUUUGGAUAGUCGUGAAAUGGUUGACUGGAUUUUAACACGUGCGGUUUAUGCGGUUCUAUUCGCUCUGAUCUCAACCCUCGCUGUAAAUUCGCGGAGUCAAAAUUCCAUUCACCCGCGAAACACAAGCACCGAAAAUGCGCAUGGAGGUAUAGAGAUUUUUACAUAUUACACUUUCUCUAAGGAAUUUAAACGUAUUUUUAUAGGAUUGUAAUUUCAAGGUGUAAUUUUUGGACGCCAUCUCGCGAAAUAUUUUCGCUGCAUGCGGCACAUGUGCUAAACGUAUUUGUUCCGUUACCAUUGUUUUGCGCUCUUGGAGUAAUUAACACAUAGAUGAAAAUGUCACAAGCUUGUCAUGUAUGUUUAAUUUGUAAAACGACUGAUCUUUCCGUGGCCAGUGGAAACUAUUCAAGCCGAAACUCAGAUAACUGAAAAUUACACAAAGAAAUUUCUAAAGAAAACUUUGUGUCAACGGGAUGAAGUUCGUCGGAAUAAAUCACUCCAAAUAAAAGCGCCAGAGAAUUGCUGCAUAAAUUAAGCGCAGAAGCUUUCAAUAUUGUCGCGCUCACUUUGGUUUACUUGAAGGGUUGGGAAAAUAUUUAAAAAGAUUGCUAGAAUUCUAGUAAAGCUUAUAUGGAGCAAAUACAUUAACAUCUUCGCAUCUGAGGGUGUUUUUCACAGAAUAAAGAACUCUGUAGUCUUUUCCUAAGCUUUACAUGUGGCAGCUCAAAAUUUGUUUAAGCUUUUAGUCUAACAUUCAAAGCACUUAUGUGUUGCAACUGGAAUUCUUUUUACCUAUCUUUAUAUUUCCAGAUCAAACCUGUCAGCUUGACAGCAGUGACAUGAAUUCACGAAAUAGGUGGUCACCUUGUAAAAUACCCUGCAAAAAGGAUGAUGAUUGUAUCAAUUAUGGAAGGCACAUUUGUUGUCCAACGCUGCCUGGGAGUAGUUGUGUAGGAGAGUGUUUGUUGGCAGAUAUCAAAACUGACAGCAGCACCAAGAGUAAGUGUGUCCUAACAACCUUUUCUUAACCCUUUAACUCUCAAGAUCUCAUUACUAAUUCUCCUUACUGUCUGUUAUAAAAUUCCUAUGAUGUAGAUUAGGAGAAUUUGUUAUUGAAUCAACUGAUAAUCCCCUAAUUAAUGUUCUACUUUAUUCUCAUCACUUCUAUGCUUGAUAUUGUAUUUAUAUUGUAGGGAGAUAUUCUGUCUUGAUCACUCAAGGGAGUUAAAGGGUUGUAGGAACAGGCAGUUUUAUUAUAGCCAUCUGAGGUGAAGGACCCACAAAGUUCAAAAACAUACCCCUUUAGGAACACUCUAAGAUGUGUGUAUUAGUAGAAUUGGUCAGCAAAUAUGCACUGUAUGUUUGCAGGAGAGAAACUGUUUGCAGGGGCCAGAGAAACUGAAUGUCUCUAUACAAGUGAUGCCAAUGUUUAACUGCAUUUGUACCAACAAAAUGUUCAUAUUAUACUGAGAAAUAUCAAAUUAAAAAAGUUUUCUCUCUUGAUGUAUGCUUUGGGUACUGCAAAGUGGGAAAAAGCACUAACCGGGAAUUCCUAGGAAACACCCACUUUAUGCUAAGGGAUGAAUUGUGAUCUUCAGUUGCAGUCAAUAAUAAGCCAUGAGAGCACUCACUUGGCCUAAUGAGUUAGACCUUGGUUCAGAACAUUAUCCUUUAAAACUUUGAUAAGCACUUGAUCUGAUUGUAGUCGCAGACAGAAGUAGCUUAUCAUGUAUUUUAUAUUUUCUUCACUCUCUCCAGUGUGUGUAGAUGUCCGUACCCACAAACGUUUUACUUCUGGUGAAACAUUUAUACUAGAUCACAAGUGCUGUACAUGUGAAGCUGGGAGAAUAAAGUGCAGUACUUCAAGUAGCAAUAUUUGUCAUUUAGGUAAGAAAACUCUGACUGUACACAAACCAUUUUCUCUUGACCUACUCUUCAAAUUUGAUCUUUCCCCCAAUCUGAUACAUAUUUUGGAAGGAAUUCAGCCCAAUACAGAAAGGAAUUGACUCACCUGCAAAGUUAAGGUAUGAUGCAGUGUGAAAAGACUGCAUGGCCCUGUAACUCCAUAUCUGUGGAUUGUUCUUCAAAUCAUCUUGUAAAUAGAACUUAUUGAUAUUUGUUUCCCUGAAAUCAGUCCAAAAGACCUGGCCCCAUUUGUUUGAAGGUCGGAUAAUGCUAUCCACUUGAUAAAUCUCUAUCCAGUGGAUAAUGCUAUGUUUUGUUCUCACUUAUCUGCAGGACAGCGAUUUAUCUGUUGGAUAGCGUUAUCUGACCUUUAUACAACUUGGCCCUGUAUUUCAACUCUUUUUUGGUGUAAAGUUUUAUUCUCAAUCCCCAGCCAUUUCAUGAAGCUCACAAUGAUAUUCUAACUUUUUUUUUCUUCUGUUGUUCACUGAAAUGGUCAAAGUCAGCUUGGUCAGUAAAUUACUGAUUGAAAAUGAUAGGAAAAAAUUCAGGCUUCUGCAACCUUGAAUAUUGAUAAUCAUAUGAUAUAAAGAAACUUUUAGGACUACAAUUAUACUUAGAGGUAAGAUCGUAAGAAUUAAUUAUUUUUUUUUCAAUAUAUAAAUUCCAGGCUGUAAGAGGGACUUAAAAUAUUUCAAGCAUGGAGAAUCAAUUCCUUCUCAACCCUGUCAAAACUGGUAAGAAAUAAAGUGAUAAUGUUAUGCUUACCCAAUUAUUUUUAGACCUUUGUCAAAAUUCCACUUCUUUUUUCUGACAAGUUGAGAAGCUUAAAUUCAUGAUGUUAAUCAAAGCCAACUUCUCUCAAGAUACGGAUGAGACAAAAACAUUGCAUCUGUUCAAGCAAAGCAAUUUCAGAAGCAAACUGUCAAAAUUGAUAGCUGCAGUCUGCAAAUAAUUGGUGAAUGAUAAAAACAACCAUUGAAUUGAGUUACGAAUGGCAUAAUCACAGAUUUCAAUUUUUUACAGUUCGUGUCAGAAUGGCUCAAUCAUUUGCUCAUCUGAUGUGAACUGUCUACAAGGUGAGCAAAAAGGAUUGUAUAAUUGCAUUCUAAUUAACAUGCAAGUUUUACAAUCAAGUUAACCCUAAGUGUAACCCCUAAGAGUGACCAGCAUUUGAUGUCUCCCUACAAUAUUACCCUUAAAUCGCUCAUUAAGGUCAUGAAGAUAAAGGAAGUGAUCACCAACUGAAGAAGCUCUUGAUUGUUACACAAAUUCUCCUUGUCAGCACCUUAGGAAAUGUUUAGAGAAUAGUAUGGAGAAUAUGCAUAUUGAUGUUAGGGUGUGAAGGGUUGAUUUGCAAAGGAGAAGAGCAAUCAGAAAAAAGGGGAUAUUUCAAAGGGGCUGCAAUCUGCCAAUCAGAGCAAAGGGAAAUAAUACAAGGAGUUGGAUGAGAACUCAAAGUAUGAACAAGCAAACUUUGUUAAGGGUGGGAAAUUAUUGUGAGUAAGUCAUGGGUGAUAUAUUAAUUUUUGCCCUGAUUGUGGGAGUAGCAACCAAUCUUAUAGCAAAAUAAAAGCAAAAUCAAUGCAAUUGCAGAGUAAUUUCAAUUGACACUUACUGACACUGUUGCUAGCAUCUUGUGAUCAUUUAUGGGUAAUUACCAUAUUUUUUUGGGUAUCAGGAUGCUAAUCUCAUAUUUUGUCUAACCAGGGAAAUGCAAUUACAGAGGGAAAUUGUAUGAGGAAGGAGAGUUAUUAAUCCUAAAUAGAGGCUGCAAAGAAUGGUGAGCUAUACAGCUGUAAAAUAAAAAAGAUAAUCCAUUGUAAUUUUGCACAAGUGGUGUAUUUCUUGAAUUAAUUUACAUAUUUUUCUCAUCCUGUCUGGUCCUCUCACCUUGUUUUAUUUUUUUUUUUUUUUCGGAUGUAAACUAUUAUUAAGUUCUUGGAGUAACUGGAAAUAUGUUCAUGUUGAAUUAUUUAAACAGUAAUAACAUUUGGCUCCUAUGGCCUUGUUUUUGUCUGACUUUGGUCAGUUUUCCCAUUACAUUAUUUAUUUUGAAGCUCUUUGUAUGAAAGAAAAUAUGACAGGAGAGGCCUCAUUCACACUGGAAGUUAUUAAUUGCCAAUUGUUGUUUCUAAAUCUACAGUGUUUGCCGUGCUCGCAGAUGGAAUUGUAUGGCAAUAACUUGCAGUGUUGGUAUGUGUGUAAUUGCCAAAAAAUUCGAUUUCAUGUUUUAGAUCAGGAGUGUUCUUAGACUGUCUUUAAAGUGACAUGAUCAGAGACAUCCACAUUGAAUAGUAACUUUUAGAUUUGUAAUCGUAAUGAAUUCGUAAUAAAUCUCUCUGUCUGGUUUACUUGCAAAGGUUUUGUAUCAAAGAUGCUGACCAUAUUUAUUAUCAGUCCAUACAAAUACUAAUUUAGGAGACAGGAAGAAAAAUCUGAGGUACCGGUAACUUUAAAAUCAUAUUUAGUUUACUUUUAUCCGUCAGUUAAGGUAGUUUCUAAAUUUUCUGUUGCAGUCCAAUUCAAGGGAAGCGCUCCUUCAAGUCAUCACGCAAUGUAUUUGCAGACAGCCAUAGUUUCCUUACUCACAUACACGCUUAAGUGUAAUUUCUGUUCUUAAGGAAACCAUGACAGUGACUCAGAUUCGCGAAAAUUUGGUGAAGAAGAGAGCUUUGUUUACUUUUUUAUUCUUUAUGGUCAGUUGGAAUCUUUCGUAAACAGCGAAAUCCAAACCCUGAUGAUUGUAUUGGUUGUUCACGACCACUUUGUGCUCAGCAGAGAGGGACUUCUCGAGUAUUAAACCUUUUUCUGUAUCCGUGUUUGAUUAAGCAGCUGUGGGAAUAAUCUUUGGGGAACAUUUUAUGGAAUGGAGUCAAACUAAGGAGUAUAGCUCUUUCUAUAAGCUUACAGAGUGGUCAGAGUGUUUAAAA